CUUUGUAUGAGGUGAGCGCUGGGCAGCUGUAACCUGAGGCUCUUUCCCAGGCCGGUAUUCUAGACCAUAAGGAAUCACGUCCCUCAGAUACUCAUGGCCGAAGAAGGGGCUGUCCUCAAGAUGACCAGGGACCUGAAGGCUGCUGUCUCUGCCAUCCUUCAAGACUACGGGGCUGGGCGGCAGCCGGUGACAGACGCCAGUGCUGAGCUGCACAGACUCUGUGGCUGCCUGGAGCUUCUGCUGCAGUUUGACCAGAAAGAGCAGAAGAGCUUACUGAGGCCUCGGAAAGACUAUUGGGACUUCCUCUGUGCAGCCCUGUGGCAGCAGCGGGGGGACACGGAGCCAGUCCGCUUCGUCCACUCACUGGACAAGUUGAAGACUCCGCUGGGGAAAGGCCGGGCCUUCAUCCGCUUCUGCCUUGCCCACGGACAACUGGCCGAGUCCCUGCAGCUCUGCCUCCUGAACCCAGAGCUCACCAGGGAGUGGUAUGGCCCCCGGAGCCCUCUGGUGUGCCCUGAACUCCAGGAAGACAUCCUCGACUCCCUCUAUGCUCUCAACGGGAUGACCUUCGACUUGGACCUGCAGCGGCCAGACUUGGAUGGGGCCUGGCCCAUGUUCUCAGAGUCCCACUGCUCCAAUUCCAGCCGGACCCAGGGAAGAAGACCCAGAAAGACCAAAGGUUCCCCAAAGGAGAUAUCAGCCACACAUGGGAACUCCACAGAAGUCCACCUGGAGGAGCCACACACAAGCCAAGCCAGCUGUCUGCAAGAUGCACCCAGGAAAGAUGGGUUGGCUGGACUUCCCAGGUCCCAGCAACACAGGCAUCAUCCCCACUUUUUGGAAAAGAAGAAGGAAGAUCCCAGGAGCCUUGGGUCCCCCCCAAGCAUGUGGGAACUAGAGGGGGAGGGGUUUCAGCAAGACCAGGAGAAAGGAGCUCCAAGGACAGAGAUCUGCCUGGAGGACUCAACACCCACCAUCCAGGGACAGGGGGAGGGGGCCAGAGAGACCCUGAAGGAGGUGGUAUGGUCAGAGGCUGAGGGCAAGGGAGCUUUUCUGGGUGUGGAGGGCCAGAGGACAACAGAGGGGACUCAUGAAGGGGAAGCAGAGAGGAGUCAUAUCCAUAGACUGCUGGCCUCCAGCCCCAAAGGGACAAUAGGGGAUGUAGUGUCAUGGGGCAAGCAGGAUGGGAAGGUGCCUAGUAUCCCAGGGGAGCUCUGGGUCCUUCAGGGCCUGGGAACCAAGGAAGACUCCACCUCAGAGAAGCCUCGAGAGCAGACAGGAGUGACCAGUAUGACCAGGAGGGAGGAACAAGCAGAGAUGGCCUUGCAGGAUGUCGUCAAGAGCCUCAGACAUGGGCUGCAGAAAACCCAGGAGCAAGCCCAGUACCAGGAGCAGCUGCUGAAGGAGCAGGAAGGGGAGCUGAAGGCACUGCAGGAGCAGCUCAGCAGGUGUCAGGAGGAGAGGGCCCGGCUGCAGGCAGAGCUGGAGAAGAAGCAACGGGAGGCUGAAAGGAAGGACGCCGUGUAUGAGGAGGAGCUUGGCGGACAGCGGGACCUGGUGCGAGCCAUGAAGAGUCGGGUGCUGGAGCUGAUUCAAGAGAAGGACAUCCUGUGGCAGAAAGUCCAGCAUCUCUCGUCCGUGGCCCCUGGAUGCUGUGUCGUCUGCAGCAAGAUCUUUGGCCGGUUGUCUCGGCGGUACCCAUGCAGGCUCUGUGGAGGCCUGGUUUGCCAUGCCUGCUCUGUGGAUUACAAGAAGAGAGAGCGCCACUGCCCACCCUGCUCCCAGAGGAGAGACGCCCAUGUUCUCUGACCAAGACCCGUCCAGGACCGGCUGCUCCAUCCCACCCGACCC